UAAAUAUUAUGAUAAUUAAUUGUGACAAUUAUAAUAAUUCAAUGGUAUGUGGUUGUACCGGACAUUGGCAUGCUGGCGGGUGAUUUAAUAUCGCCCUCAGGGGCAGCAAUUCAUACAACAGCAAUAGCAAUAACAACAGUUCAAAUAUAUAAUCAAAAAUUAUUGAAAAAAGUUUUUUUAAAUAAUUUUAGUGAACACGUACAGAAUACAAAAGACUAUUAUCAAAUUGUUGUGAAAAACACGCAAUGGCCACGUUGGGCCUAUCUAAAGUAUUUAUUCUUGAUAAAUAUUUUACAGAAUUGCAAAAAUUUUGGGAAACGGAGAAAAAAUUACAAGAUGCAUCAUCAUCAAAUGAAGCCGUACAUUUACAACAACGUUUACGAAGUUUAAGCACGGAAUUAGUAACGUUACGUAAUCGUUUACACGUUGGUGGACAAUCUCCUACAGUCAAUAAUAACAAUAACAAUAAUAAUUCAUCACCAUCAUCACCAAAUAGUAAUAAUAAUAAUAAUAAUAAAAAUUUAAAUAAUAAUAAAUGUAAUAACAAUAAUAUUACAACGAAUAUUUAUAAUACAACAACAUCAACAAUUACAGCACCAUCUGUAGCAACACAAGCAGCAAUUACAAAUAAAUUAAAUAUCAGUCAAACAAUUACAAAUAAUAAUAAUGUUAUUACAUCUCAAUUACCAAUUACAGGUAUACCAGGAAAUAAUAACAAUAACACACCAUUAUCACAACCAAUUGUACCGCCACGUGUUCAAACCAAUACAACAACAAAUCUAACAGAUAUAUCACGCGCCGUCACACGCACAUUACCAAUACAACAUAGCAAUAAUAAUAAUAAUAAUAGUAAUAACAAUAACAAUAUUAGUACAUGUACUGGUACAAAUUUAAGUACUGGUACAUCACAAACAAAUUUAACAAUUAAUAAUACAAACGGAACAACAAUUACUUCUCCAACAACACAACAACCUCAUAAUCCUAAUUGUGGGAUUAAUAAUAGUUUUGUUAAUGGACAAUAUGCAGGAAUUACAUCAUCAACGACCACAGCAACGGCAUUACAAACAGUUAUAGCAACGCAACAACAGCAGCAACAGCAACAACAACAAAAUGGGAAUAAUGUAAUUUUGCAGAAUAAUAAUAAUAACAGUUGUAAUAAAUUACCAAUCACGGGAUUCGAAACAGAAGAUUUAAUACAUUUACCUGGUCCAUUAACUGAGGAUGCUGUUAUUAAAUGUUUGCAUGCAAGAUUUUGUACGAAACAAUAUUAUACGAAUGUUGGUCCAAUUCUCUUGUGUGUAAAUCCAUACAACGAUGUUGGAAAUCCGUUAACAUUAAGCAGUACACGAUGUCUUUCAGCCAGUCCACAAUUAAACAAAGUUGUGCAAGAAGCUGUUCGACAACAAUCCGAAACUGGAUAUCCACAAGCAAUCAUCUUAUCAGGCACAAGUGGAUCGGGUAAAACUCAUGCAUCUAUGCUACUAUUACGGCAAUUAUUUGCCGUUGCUGGAGGUGGACCUGAAACUGAUGCUUUUAAACACUUAGCUGCAGCUUUUACAGUAUUACGAUCACUUGGAUCGGCGAAAACUUCAUAUAAUUCUGAAUCGAGUCGUAUUGGUCAAUUUAUUGAAGUCCAAGUAACAGAUGGUGCUUUAUAUCGAACGAAAAUUCAUUGUUACUUCUUGGAUCAAACAAGAGUGAUACGACCAUUAUCUGGCGAAAAGAAUUAUCACAUAUUUUACCAAAUGUUAGCUGGAUUAUCCAAUGAAGAACGAACGAAAUUGUGUUUAGAAGGUUAUGGGCCACGGAAUUUACGAUUUUUACAACGUGGUGAUACCCGUCAAGAUACUGGAGAAGAUGCCGCACGAUUUCAAGCAUGGAAAGCAUGCCUUGGUGUUUUGGGCAUACCAUUUUUAGAUGUUGUACGCGUAUUAGCCGCCGUUUUACUUCUUGGAAAUGUGCAAUUUGCCGAUGGGAAAAGUUUAGAAGUUGAAGUUAAAGGUGGUGGUCAAGAACUGAAUGCAGCUGCUGGAUUGCUGGGUGUUGCUGGACCUGCUCUAUUUAGAGGUUUAACUUCACGUACCCAUAAUGCACGUGGUCAAUUGGUACGUGCUGUUUGUGAUGCAAAUAUUUCAAAUAUGACAAGGGACUGUCUUGCCAAAGCCUUAUAUUGCCGAACUGUUGCCACAAUCGUGCGUCGGGCAAACAGUUUAAAACGUCUUGGUUCCACAUUAGGAACGCUAAGUUCUGACUCGAAUGAAUCAGUUCAUAAUCAACAUAUACAAAAUGCGGAUGUUGCAUCCCAACAUGCAACUUCUACAGUCACAAGUGGUGGAGGUGCUGGGACAGCUGGUGCAAAAUCAAUGGCUGCACUUAAUAAUGCAGUACGACAUGCUACCGACGGUUUUAUCGGUAUUUUAGACAUGUUUGGAUUUGAGGAUCAUCGACCAUCGCAAUUAGAACAUUUAUGUAUCAAUUUAUGCGCAGAAACCAUGCAACAUUUCUACAACACACACAUAUUUAAGUCAAGUAUUGAGUCGUGUCGUGACGAAGGCAUUGAUUGCGAACUUGAAGUCGAUUACAUUGAUAACGUGCCAUGUAUAGAUUUAAUUUCAUCACUUCGUACCGGUCUUCUAAGUAUGUUAGAUGCCGAGUGCUCUGUACGUGGUACAGCUGAAUCGUUCGUUUCGAAAGUAAGGGUUCAACAUCGUCAAAAUCCACGUCUAUUUGAGCCUCGACCACCCGAGCCACGAACAUUUGGUAUACAACAUUUUGCUGGCCGUGUAGUAUACGAUGCCUCGGAUUUUUUGGACACUAAUAAAGAUGUUAUACCUGAUGAUUUGGUUUCCGUUUUUUAUAAGCAUUCAUGUAAUUUUGGAUUUGCAACUCAUUUAUUUGGAAGUGAAUUAAAAGCUUUAUAUUCAUCGCAAAAUGUACCACGUGGGAUAAGUUUUCGAAUUUCGCCAACAUCACAUACGGAUUUAUUAAAUGGUGAUGAACCUGUUUCUACGCUAACGCAAGAUUUCCAUACAAGAUUAGAUAAUUUAUUGCGCACAUUAGUUCAUGCUCGACCUCAUUUUGUAAGAUGUAUUCGAAGUAAUCCCACAGAAUUACCAGGACGUUUCGAUCGAAUGACUGCAAUGAAACAAAUUCGUGCACUUCAAGUAUUAGAGACUGUAAAUUUAAUGGCUGGAGGUUUUCCACAUCGCAUGCGAUUUAAGGCAUUCUAUGGUCGUUAUAAAUUAUUAGCACCUUUUGGAUGCGGUAAACGUCCGGAAGAUAAAGUUAUUGAAGACUGUCAAACAAUAUUACGAUAUGCAUGCGAUCAAUUUGGCGGUACAGGAUUGAAACAAGAAUGUGUAGUUGCGGUGGCAAAUUGGGCACUAGGAAAACGACACAUAUUCCUAAGCGAGAGUAUACGUCAACAAUUGGAAAUGAUGCGUACUAAUACACGUCAAUCCGCUGCGAUUUUAAUUCAAGCAACAUGGCGUGGUUGGAAAGUGAAACGACGUUGGGCUGCAGCGUUACGACGGGAACGUGAAAUUCAAGGUGGACGCCGUCCUCGGCCCCAACCUAUAGCUGGCACACCACCUCCUGAACAAGUUGUCGAACAAACUUGUAAUCUAUUUGGUUUAGAUUUAGAACGACCUCCACCAGUUCCACCAAGUAGAUCGUACACAGUGGCUGGCAACACUAAAUUAGGAUAUCCACAAACUCGUGUAAUGAAAAUGUCGUUCCCCGAAGAUGAACCGGCAGUGUUAAUGAAAGGUGAAACAGUUUUAGUUGUGGGUGCUUCACAUCGACGCGGUCAUUUAGUUGUUCAACAUAAACAUUGUACUCUCCACGUGCCAUUCCAGUUCCUCGAACUUAACCAUCCGCCAUGUACAAAAUGACACAUAUAAAUUAUGAAUUUUUUUUUGCUUUUUUUUAUAUGAUUACCAGUAUUUAAGAUUAUCGAUUUUAUCUUAGAUUAUCCGCGUCCCGCAAAAUGAUUUAGUUUUUA